AUGCUGUCCCGGAGGAAACCCUGGCACUGCAUGGCAAAGGGGCUCAUUCUGGGAUGCCUCUUAACUGGCUUUCUAUUGCUGCUCUAUUCUUACGCUAUUGCUCCUUCACAAGUCGCCAUGGCCAAGGCCUCAACACCAAGCCGCUGUUCUUCUCCACCCACCUUACCUGCCAACAUCACCAAAGGCUCCUGCUGGCCAAAAUUAGACAUUGUCUUCAUGAAGACGCACAAGACGGCCAGCAGCACUCUGCUCAACAUUCUGUUCCGCUUUGGCCAGAAGCACCGGCUCAAGUUUGCCUUCCCCAGCGGUUACAACGACUUCAACUACCCGUCCUUCUUCAAGCGCAGUCUGGUGCACAACUACCAGCCCGGGGACUGCUUCAACAUCAUCUGCAACCACAUGCGUUUCUACUACUCCGAAGUACGUAGCCUGGUAGCCCCCAAUGCCACAUUCAUCACGGUUCUACGUGACCCCGCCCACCUCUUCGAGUCAUCCUUCCACUACUUCGGGUUGGUGGUGCCCUUCACAUGGAAGCUCACCGGCCACAACAAGCUGGCCAAGUUCCUGCAGGACCCCAAUCGCUACUACAACCCCAGGGGCUUCAACGCCUACUAUCUUCACAACCUGCUCUUUUUCGACCUGGGCUACAAUAAUGAACUGGACCCCCGCAGCCCCCAGGUGGCUGAGCACAUCCUGGAGGUGGAGCAGAGGUUCCACCUGGUCAUGCUGCAGGAGUACUUUGACGAGUCUCUGGUGCUGCUCAAGGAGCUUCUGUGCUGGGAACUUGAGGACAUCCUGUACUUCAAGCUCAAUGCGCGCCGGGCCUCUGCGGUCUCCCCACUGACCGGAGAGCUCUACAGGAGGGCCACUGACUGGAACAAGCUGGAUGCGCUGCUGUACCGCCACUUCAACGCCAGCUUCUGGCGCAAAGUGGAGGCCUUCGGGCGCGAGCGCAUGGCCCAGGAGGUGGCCUCCCUGCGGCGGGAGAAUAAGCGAAUGGAAAGAAUCUGCAUUGAUGGUGAGCAUGCAGUGGAUGCCAAGGACAUUGAGAAACCCUCCUUGCAGCCCUGGCAGGCAAUGGGGGCAAAGACAAUCCUUGGCUACAACCUAAAGAAGCAUAUCAGUCAUCAGUAUGACCAGUUGUGCCGGAAAAUGGUAACUCCAGAUAUCCAGUACAUGACUGAACUUGGGGUCAACCUGUGGGUCACCAAAUUAUGGUGGUACAUCAGGAUGUUGCUGCAGAUUUGAUAGCUGCCCGACCCCGGCUAGUUCUCUCUAUUAUUCCUGGCUCAAAAAGCAUGCACAAGGGAUUUCCCUUUCUCAGGAUGAACCUUUAGGCUAAUCACUCAGGGUAGUCAACUAGGUGACCAAGUCUGACCUCUACCUUCCAAACCAGCCCAAUAUUCUUUCAUCCUUAACCUAACUUUGGGCAAGACAUAAUAAAAUGGGCCAAGAUCUGGGAGUUACUUCACAGAGCCCACUGGGUGAACUUAUAAAUGAUCGAGCCAAAUUAGACUGAAUAUGAGCUGUCUUCAGUCAAGAGAAGCACUUAUAUAAUUACAUAUGGGUUAAAAUUUUCAUAGGGACAUUCUUAUGUGGAGCAGUCUCUGAAGUAAAAAAAAAUUGCACUUUCA